ACUCUUUGUCUUCUGUGCAAGGAGCCGGACCGAGAGCAGUGGCGCCGGAGGAGGGAGGAUCUCCAGCUUGUCAUCACCUUCUGCCGCCGGAGCAGGCACAGUAGUCGCCGGGAAUACUUCACGGCUCAUCGGAAUGAGAUGAAUAGGAGAUGCUAGGAACGAGGAGCGUGACAUGCUUCAAGGUUAUGGGGAAAAGAAAAUGACACAUUAAAUGUUUCUAUUUUUAGAUGCUUUGUAAUCAAUCUUUUAUUGAUGAAACAUUUGUUAACAUUCAAGAAAGAAAUUGUUCAUAAUUGAUUUAAAGUUUUAAAGUGGCUGCGUGUUAUUGCGGGCAAGGGUUCGCAAUAGCACGGCCGUGUCAUGAACCGAAUUCGGGGCGUGACAUUUAGUGGUAUCAGAGCAAUAAGUUUAACCAUGAUUUAAAAAUUUUAAAAAUUAAUCAUGGGAAUGGGUAGCUAAGUUAGCUUUCACAUGAUUGGAGUCACAGUAAGAACAAUAAUGACAUUUUAAAUAUUAAAUAAAUAAAAAUAAUAGCAAUAAUAAUAAUAAGAGAAAAUUUCUAUAUAUAUAUUUAAAUACAUAUAUAUAUAUAAUGUGAUGAAAUGGAUAAUGAUUAAUACUAUAUUUUGAUAGGUGACGAUGAGUGAUAGCGAGAAUGAAGUUCUGGCUAACUAUAAAAGGAAAGGAGUGAAAGCAUCAACCCAAGAAGCUACCAACAUGCCAGCUAGGCCAGCCCCAAAUGUUGUAGCUACUCAGGCAAAUCUUGCUGGGGUAUGCCAAGUAGUGGCACAGCUUCUUCGAUAGCAGCAGCAGACGCAGCUCUCCUUCCGACCUGUGUCGUCUACCGAUACCUAUUAUGAGAAAUUUCGGAGGCUGCACCCUCCAAUGUUUGAGGGAGGUGCUGAUUACUUGGCUGCGGAGGCUUGGAUUCGGGAGAUAGAGGAGAUGUAUGAUGCCCUACAAUUUCCCGAGGAGGUCAAGGUCAAAUUGGCGGUUCCUAUGCUCAAAGGAAACGCUAAGUUCUGGUGGAUAGCUAUGAAGGCUGCUGUUCAAGGAAAUGGUGAACAACUGACAUGGGAGGAAUUUAAAGGUAAAUUAUACAACCAAUACUUUCCUCAGUCAGUGAGAUUGGUGAAGCAGAACGAAUUCUUGGCCCUGAAACAGACCGAGAAUAUGACAGUAUUGGAAUAUGCCAGCAAGUUUAAUGAAUUGGGCAGGUUUUGUCCUCAGUUCAUGGAGGAAGAGAUAAGUAAAGCUAAUAGGUUUGAACAAGGCCUGAGAUAUGGGAUCAGGUCCAGGUUGGCUGUUCUGCUUUUCACUAGUUACCAGGAUGUAUUGGAAAGGGCUCUAAAAUUAGAAGCCGAAUUGAAGAGAUCAGAAAAAGAAAGAAGUGACCAGAAGAGACUCAAGAUGACAGAAAGUCUGAGUGACAGGCCACAGAACCUUGAAAGUAGUACAAAUAAGAAGAAGAGGUUUGAGGUCUGUACCUACUGUGGCAAGACUCAUGGGGGCCUUGUUUUAAGAAGAUGGGAGUCUGCUUCACUUGUGGUCAACAUGGACAUUUCGCACGGGAUUGUCCAAAUAAAAAGAAGAAUGAUUCGGAACCUACUAAAUCGGAAGCUCAGCUUUUGCAUUGACUCAGUAGAAUGCUGGUACAAAUGAUCAAAUAGUGACAAAUAUCAUCCUAGAUAAUGCCAUGAAGGCCAGGUGUCAAUUAAUUGUAAAUCUUCUGACACCUUUGUAUCUUCUGGGUUUCUAACCCUCUAAAAUGCACGUCAUAAGAAUUGAACCAGUCUUUAUGUGAUGUCAUCUCUCUUA